UUUGUUUGACAGAUAAACACGCUCUUAACCUAGAAAAAUUCUAGAAACAUCAUCAAUAUUUUUUCAACAAAUAGUAAAAACAGAUUGAAAUUGAGUUUUUUCGGUAGUGGAAUUCAAAACGCUUACACAAUGCCUGGAGUCCAAGAAUCAAACGAAGGUCCGAAGGCUCCUAUUGGAGCUAUUUGUGCAGCACCUCAACCAACUUCUUCGAACAACACCAGUAAUGCAUCCAUACCCCAACCAAGACAACCAAAUAGUUUGCAAGGUCUUUUACGCUACGCAAUGUCUGCAACUGAAAAUGGCUCUACCGAAACCAAAUUCCUCCCCAUGGACGAAGAGAGGAAGAAAUUCCUUGAGACUGCCUUGAAAUCAAUGACUAUUAACGUUGUCGAAGUGUUACAAAAACAGAUCGAAAUUCUGAUGAAAGUUGAUACUGUGAAAGAUGGAGAUGACGUUUCGAAUUAUUUGGAAGCGUUGGAAAAUAUCAUGGACUAUAUUGACAAUAUUGAUAUAGCUAAUGACUUUCAUAAAAUUGGAGGAUUCAUGAUAUUGAAACCAUGUUUGAACUGUAAAAAUGCAGAGGUGAGAUCUGCCGUUUGUGGAUUGAUCGCGGAACUCUGCCAGAACAAUCCAUACUGUCAAAAAAUUGUUAUUGAUCAUGAAUUUGUCCCGAUACUUCUGCAUAUCUUAGAUAACGAUCAAGAAGACAUAGUUGGUGUUAAAUGUAUUUAUGCAUUGAGCGCCAUAGCGAGGGAUAAUUCUGAGGGAUUUUCACAACUUGUGCGAUAUGGUGGCCUCAAUAUUCUUCUCAGAACUCUAAACAAAGAAGAUGAUAAGUUCAGAAUAAAGACAGCGUUUUUAUUGAGUUCUCUUUGCAGAUCUCAGCCUGACUUGAAAAGUAGACUUAUAUUCUUGGAAAUCAUACCGAUUCUUAUAAAUUUGAUAUCUAAAGAGAGAAAGCCAAGUUCUGAACAUAUUCUGUCGUUGCUUUUAUCUCUGGUCGAGGAUAAUGCCACAGCCUUGAAUGAAUGUAGAAAUCCUGAGCACAAUUUCAAGGAAAUCUUGCAGAACUACAUUUCCAAAGUGGAGAAUAAAGAAGAAUGCCAGGAGGAAGAAGAAUACUGUAAGCGGUUGAUGCAUUUGAUAUUCGUAUGACAUAGGAUUUUCUGAGGGUUUUGCACUGAGAACGGUGCAAUUCUUUCAGCUGGAGGAUUUUAAUUUAAUAAAAUUUUUUAUUAAGCUUUCCCAUGUUAAUAUUAUAAUACAAUUGUUUAUCCUACUUAUCCAAUAUAAUGCAAAAAUCUAAAUUUUACAUUGCCGUUAAGUCAUUAUGUUCACAAAUGGUGUAAUCGAAUAAAGUAUACAUAAAAUAUCAA